AUGGAGGCGGCGCUCGCCGCUCGCGACCGAGCGCGAAGAGGGCUCACGACAUCAUCGGACACCGCUUCGGGUGUCGCGGUGGUGCAACGGACCGAUGAAGCGACGUCCACGCUCGCGAAAUCACGCCAGCCUCUGAACGAAAACAACACCACCAAGGCGAAGCUUUCCAAGCUUUCCACGGAUAUGGCGCCGCAGACGCCGUUCGCCUCGCCCCUCAGUCGCCCUCUCCCUUCGACACCGUGCGGAAACGGUCGGGAACUCAUCCUUCAAGGCUUCAAUUGGGAGUCGUGCAACGAAAAAGCGAACAACGAUCGAUCUUGGUAUCAACUGUUGAAUGAAAAGGUUCCCGAAAUCGCCGCCGCGGGCUUCACCUCCGUUUGGAUGCCCCCGCCGACGAAAUCCGUGAGCAAGCAAGGGUACCUUCCCACCGACUUGUACAACUUGAACUCCUUCUACGGCUCAGAAGAUGAGCUGAGAUCAUGCGUCGCUCGCAUGCGCGAGUACAACAUCACGCCGGUGGCGGAUAUCGUCAUCAAUCACCGCUGCGCCGAGGCGCAGGACGACGCGGGGCGAUGGAACAAGUACACGGGGAAGAUUGAUUGGGAUGCGCGCGCGAUCACGUGCGAGAACCCGCAAUUCGGGGGACAGGGAUCGCAAAGCACGGGCGAGGACUAUCUUCCCGCGCCGAACAUCGAUCACACUCAACAGUUCGUCCGCAAGGAUUUGAAGGAGUGGCUUUCGUGGAUGCGCGACGACGUCGGAUUCCGCGGCUGGCGAUUUGAUUUCGUCAAAGGCUACAGCGGCGUGUUCACUGGAGAGUACGUCGAAGAAACGCGUCCUUUCUUAUCGUUCGGCGAAUUUUGGGACGAAUGCUCAUACCGUGACGGGGUUUUGGAAUACAAUCAAGACGCGCACCGUCAACGAACGUGCGACUGGGUGGAUUCCACCGGCGGUAACACGGCGGCGUUUGAUUUCACCACCAAGGGUAUUCUGCAAGAAGCAGUCGCACGCACCGAGUACUGGCGAUUGAUCGACACGAAAGGGCGCCCACCGGGUUUUUGCGGCAUGUGGCCCUCUCGCGCCGUUACGUUCAUCGAAAAUCACGACACGGGCUCGACGCUCCAGCACUGGCCGUUUCCGAGGGAUAAAAUAUUGCAAGGAUACUGCUACAUCCUCACCCAUCCGGGAACACCCACGGUGUUCUACGACCACUGGGUCGACCCGAAGUGGUCGGAGGCCAUCGGCGUGAUGUUGGAUAUUCGCAAGCGCACCGGGCUUUCGUCCAACGCCGCCGCCGUGCACAUCGAGCGCGCCACCGCCGGUCUUUACGCCGCGCACAUCGGGCACGCGCAAGAGAUGUACACCGAAGGGUUGAGCAUGGACGUCGAUGUCAAACGUCCGUCGAUCUGCAUGAAGCUCGGCGUCGAAGACUGGUCGCCAAACGCGGCUAAAGUUGGAAACUUGUCGUGGAAGUGCACGGCGAGCGGCGAUGGAUGGGCGAUUUGGGAAGACAAGAACCAUCUUGAAGACGAAGAAAUCAGCAAAGCGAGGUGA